AUGAACCAUUAUUUUCAAACGAUCAUUUUUGCUCUCAUCAUAUUGCUAAUAUCUGUUCAAUCGUUUAUUCUCAUACCUCCACAAGAUAUUAAAGUAACAAAUAACAUCCGAUGUUAUUCGAGCAAAAGUCCCAUAUUACGUAACGAUUAUCAAUUGUGUGCUUUUCGCGUCUAUGAUGGUGGUUAUACAUUAAGUCAACUCAUAGAAUACACAAUACGUGAUGGUAUUUGGUAUACUAAUACAUUUCGACAAUUAAUCAAACGUUGCCACGGAUUUUCAACAAUAUCUGAUACUGGUGUCGGCAUAUGUCCUCCGUUACCCUACGAAACUUUUAAGAACAUGACAAUCUGUAUUUGUGGAGGAGAUCUUUGCAAUAUUGAUUUGGGUACUUCUGCAGCAACAACAUCCAAAGAAAUCUCUGUUACCCAAGUUGCCAACACACAAAGCCAACAAACAGCACGAGACAAAAUAGAUUUCGGAUUUGCGAUUACGAUUGGUAUCAUUUGUGGUAUCAUUUUCUUGGCAUUGAUCAUCACCAUCAUUGGAAUUGUCAGAUUUCAAAUGUGCCGUUCUGAUGGUCGUGGUAGUUACCAACUCGUGCCUUCUGAAGAAUAA